CUCAAACAUCAAUCGAUCAAUCAAUUACAUCAAUAUACAAUCAUGACUACCGACAUUAACAUUGAAGAGACAUUCAAGCGCAUACUUGGACACAAGGGCGUCAAGGGCAUACUGAUUAUCAACAAGUCUGGUUCAGUGAUCAAGUCUACAUUCGAUAGCAAUGCAUCACUCGAGUACUCAAAGAUGGUCAUUGACAUCUUCCCAAGAGCCACUGCACUUCUGAAACAAAACAACAACUCAGACGAAGCUUCAUUCUUCAGAGUCAGGUCAAAGGACACUGAUAUAAUGAUCACACCAGAUAACGACUACUUCCUGAUGGUUGUCAAUCAGAUAUCACAC